AUGAAGCCCAAAUCUUCUCACCAGAAGCUGCUUGCGUUGCGUGAGAUACAACUCAUGAAUGGACUGAGGCAUCCGUCAAUUGUUCUGCUGGACUAUGGCUUUAAGGAUAGAAGAAGAAUAGUAUUAUUACUUGAGUAUUGUGAUAUGGGUAGUUUGAAACAACUACUCGAAGAACGGGGUAAACUCGACAAUUAUAUAACAGCAAAGAUUUUCACCGAUUCAUGUUGUGGCCUGAUGUAUCUGCAUAGUAAAAAAAUUGUGCAUUGCGACAUAAAACCCGACAACAUACUACUUACAACAGAUGGAAUCGCUAAGAUUACUGACUUUGGAGUAGCACUGGGACCCGGUCAGAGGCAUUUGCGUUGUUUUUAUGGCUCUGACGCUUACGCAGCUCCAGAAACAUACUUGCAAAACUUAUACACUACACAGGUAUGUUGAGC